AUGGCGGCAGUCCUGCAGUUGUGCGUCGAGGAACUCUGCUUGGUGUACCACAUCGCAGCAGCCACAAAAUGGCCCAAGCGCCUCAAAGACUUCCUGCGGGAGGAGAAAUUGUACACAUUUUUUGGUUUCAGCAUUGGAGGUGACAAGCGGAUGCUGCAGGAGUCUGGUUUGGAAAUCAACCCCAACAACUUCAUCGACAUGCAGCGCAAGUGGAAAGAUCCAAAGACUAGAAAAUACUACGACUCCUUGGCCGAUGUUGCAGGCGGCAUCAUCCACCCAUUCUACGAAGGCAUGAAGAAGAAGAUGAACAGGGCAGACCACAAACUAUUGGGGAACAGCCCGCUGCCAGACAACCUCAUCACGUACGUAGGAAUAGAUGCGUACGCAACGUACAAGUCAUGGAAGACAAUCGACAACAUCGUGACAGGUUGGGAUAUUUCAAAAGAGCAGGAGGCUGACCCCUACUACCACUGCAACUUCGCGGAUGAACAUGCAUGA